AUGGAGGUCGAUACAUCCACUCCUCUGCCCAAUUCCUUCGGAGGUGCGCAUGCGGAACCUAUGGAUGCGAGUACACCACUCGAAGGCGUGAUCAGCAUGGACGACUUCAUGAUCCAGAACAAGCACACGCAUGAGGCGCAGAAACACGUCAAGGAAACCAAACAAUCCGCACCUCCUCCCUCGAAGAAGCCAAAAACCCCCAACGGAAAAGCCACUCCACUAGUCCCCGUAGCAGUCGGCGCCCGCUCCUCCCGGCACACCAUCCUGCUCCACGAAAAAUACCAAGCCCUCGGCAUCCCGCAACCACUCUUCAUCUACGGAGGCGGCAGUGAAACGGGCUGGACUGUUUCAGUUUCUUUCCCUGGCUUGGAUGAUGCGGAGGAGCUGCAGGGACUGAAGUUUGAGGAAGAGAGGAAGUUUAACAGCAAGCAAGAGGCCAAGGAGGCUAUGAGUCAGAAGGCGUUGGGUGUAUUAGAGGAGUUGGAGAGGGAGGGGAGGGUCAAGAAAGGUGGGAAGGGGAAGAAGAAGAAGGGGGGUAUUGAGGGGGAGGGGAAGGCUGUGGAGAAGGGGAAGGAGGAGAAGGAGAAGGAGAAGGGGCCGGGGGAGAAUUAUGUUGGGAAGUUGCUUGAAUUCCAGCGCGCAACCGACUCCCCCCAACCCACAUAUACGGAUUAUCAAUCUGGUCAACGCUUCUCCUGCAUCAUCACCAUCGACGGCGAAGACCAACCCUUCGGUUCCAUCUCCAACCUCUUCUCCUCCAAAAAGGCCGCUCGUCAAGACGCCGCCCGCCACGCCGUCGACCAUUUCAAAGCCCUCGGCACCUGGCCCACGGACGACACCGCCGUCGGCGGCAUCCGAAAGAGAAAGAAAGCCUCACCCAUCGACCCAGACACCGUCUCAAUAUCACCACUACUAGACAACUCCAGUUCCCCCUCCACACCCCCCAUCCAAGCAACAACACCCACCCCCGCGCCCCCAGGCACACCCUCCUACGCCUCCCGCGUCGCCACCCUCGCCGUCACCCUCGCGCUGCCGACUCCAGAAUGGAACUACACGCCCCACCCCUCCGACCCUACGUUCCACAGCGUGUGCUGUUUUUUUAAAGGCGCGGGACAGCAUGAGGGGCCUAUCGGCGAAGUGAGGAAUAUCUACGGCAGGAAGAAGGCGAAGGAGGAGUGUGCAAGGUUGACGCUGGAGUAUCUUACGCAGGUUAAGGAGGAGAGGUUGAGGUAUGGGAUGAGUGUUAUGAGGGGGGUUUUGGGGAGUGAGGGGGUGGAGGGGGUUAUUGAGGGGGGGUUGGGGAGGGUUGGAUUGGGUGAGGGCGAGGGUGCAAGGGUGGGAGAGGGGAAAAUGGUUGAGGCUACGGGUGGGAAGGUGAGGUUGGGUAUGGGGCUUGAUGGUGUGGAUGAGGGGAUGGGGGAUAUGGAUAUGGAUGGGGGGGAGAGUAGUGAGGAUGAGGUGUUUGCUGAUGCUAUGGAGGGCUAG